UUCUGGGUAUUCGUCGGGCGAGUUCAGGUGACUCGGGUCCUAUAGUGUUAUCUUCAGCUGGCCGACUCCACCUCAGUGGUCUUUCAUAGUUUCCAUCCUGAUCGGUGACUUUAAUCCAACGGGAGUCCGUCGGUGGACCGGGACAUGGACCUCACCGCCCCGCUCCCACGGUCAGCUCCCGCGGCUCCUCUCUAACCGGAAGCUCCGCUAGCUCCACUAGCUCCACCAGGAAUAUCCUGGAGUAACUGUUGAGAAUCAUGGAGCCAGAUGUGAUUCGGAUGUACUCCUCCUCUCCUCCCCCGCUGGAGGAUGGUGAAGAGGAAGAUGACUUUGGAGACUUUGAUGGCUUCUCCAGCGUCCCCCACAGUGUCAGCCUCACAGAGUUUGACACACCCACCACGUUCAACCAGGUCCAGGCGCUCAAUGCUACCUCCCCGCCUGAACUCCUAAAUAACGGGCGUGUGGCAGGCCACCCGAGCACCGCUCCCCACACCCAGGAAGGGGACCAGGCCAAGGCCAACGUGGUCUUGUCUGGUGGCCGCCACAGCAGUUGCCCUUCGGAAAGGACGGUGGGAGAAACUAAAAAGGCUCUCUCGUGCGGUCAGCUCCCUGUGGAUUGCAACGGCGAAGGCCCGGAGGUUUUAACAAACGGGUUUAAGAUGCUCGAUGUUCAGGGAAUUCCUUCACUGCAAAAUUCUGUCAACAGCUGUAGAACCGGAGCCUCCCCAGAGGACACGGAAGCUGUCCCGCCUGAAAGCCGGGAUGACGAAUUUGCAGACUUUGCUGCUUUCGCAGAUGUUGGAGCCAGCGACAGUCCGACUGCACACACAGCAGAGGUUUCACACAGCCCGUUCGGGGGUUGCUCACUCCGGGAGGGUCCCAGCCCAGUCUACUCUAACAUAGACCAGGGAAUCACUUUAGAGGGGGACAUGGAGGAAGCACACAGAGUUGGACUGGAUGGCUCAGAAUCCGUAUCCUCUUGUGAGCUCCCAGACGUACCGUCAAGCCAGCAGCAGAGCGGUCUCUCAGAUACCAAAUCAAAACAACCGGACUGCCUUCCUGAGCACUUAAAUACAUUCUGCACUACGACAGAAAUGCUGGCUCUGAACGGGUUUUGUGAUGACAGGGCUGAAGAGACAGCGGGCAGUGGCGAAGACUGCACUCCUCAAGAAAGGACCGGCAAGGAAAAAACAACUGAACGGUCAGUGGAGGAGGCCACUGGAAAAGGGACAGAGACUCGGACCUCGUUGGACCUGGACCCCCCAGAGCUGUGUGGGGACCCCAGCACUACAGGCUUGGGGCCCUCUGCCCUACCCCAGGAGGACUCUGCUGCGCCCAACCAUCACAGCCCGACGCCAGAAGACCAGGACGUGGGUUUUAGGGGUUUUGACGGCGGUGAUGGCUUCAGUGAUCAAGACUUUGCUCAUUUUGACCAGUUAGAUGUCCAGGUGGAGCACGGCCUGCCCAGCACCCAGUCGACCGCAGACCAGCAGGUCCCAGGGGACCAAGAAGACGAGGACUUUGGGGAUUUUAACACCCAAAGGUUUGAACCUGCGGGAACAGAGGAGGAGCAGGAGGAAGGGGAGGAGUCUCUUCCUCUUGAGGACAGCAACUACAACAGCAACGAUGACAAGGACAGAGGCCAGCUCACUGAGUUCCCAGGCAGCGACAGCUUCGGGAAUUUCAGCUCGGUCGCGGUGGACGUGGCGCCGCAAGCGGGUGCGGGCUGGAGCGCCUUCAGCGAGGAGGCAGGGCCGGCAGACGAGGACUCGUGGGCGGCAUUUGAUGGAGAGCAGGGCUCUACUCCAGAGGUACAGGAGGAGUGGUCCACACCCGAAGCCCCUCCCCCAACCUCAGACCACCCAAACAGCAGGACAGAGGUCCACUCUCAGGUGGCGCUCUCAGGUCAUGUGGAGAGGCUGUUUCAGCAGAGCUUCCCAGGGAACCCCGUCACCGAGGUGGAGGAGAAGGUGCCCCCUCUGAAGUGUCUUCUGGAGCCCACGGAGGAGCCGGGGGGCGCCCCCCAGGGGCCAGGAAAAGGGCCCAGGACCACACCACCCAACGGAGCGCUGCGGGCCAACGUGUGGAGGCAGCUGCUGGACAUCCACGAGGCGUUCGGGCUCAGGCACCAGUGGGGAGGUUCCCAUAGCAACAAGACGCUGCUCUGCUCCCUGGGCAUUGACACCCGGAACAUCCUCUUCACAGGCCAGAAGAAGCAGGCCAUCAUCGUCCCCAUGUAUGCUGCCAGCCUGGGCAUGUUGGAACCCACCAAAGAACCUGUGAAACCCAUCUCGGCCGCAGAGAUGAUCACCUCCAUAGCACAAGCGCCUCCGCUGGGAACAGAGAAGAGCCCCUGUCCAGACACGGCCCAGCAGGAGGCCCUCCCACCUGUCCAGUUUGACUGGAGCAGCAGUGGCCUUACAAACCCCCUGGAUGCGAGCGGAGGCUCCUCUUUGUUAAACCUGGAUUUCUUUGGCCCCGUUGAGGACUCGGGCCCAAGCAGCUCCACCUCUAUCCCAGGUGUAGAUCCAGAGCUGUACGAGUUGACCACGGCAAAGCUGGAUUCGACCGGUUCUGGCCGCCGCGUGGUGGACGCCUUCGCACGCCUCAUGUCAACCAUGGAGAAGACCAGCACCUCCGCCAGGAAGCCCAAGAAGGAGGAGCACCUGAGUGCGGAGGCGGCCAAAGUGAUGGCCGACCUGCCCGACCUGUCCUUCAUGCAGGCCAAGGUCCUGAUGUUCCCCACCACCCUCACACCCCUGGGCUGCUCCAGGGCCACACCCGACUGAGGGCCCUUCCUGUGCUCUGCACCGCCGCGCUCCUCAUCAUACUCAACCCGCUUUCCAUUUGUUAUGAGUGUGUUGUUGGUUUUGUGUCUGUUUUUCUUUGGUUAUUUUGGACUUCUAUUGUGCUCCUACCCCCCCCCCCCCCCAUAUUUUUUAAUUGAUGUUGGGUUUGCGUAUUAUUAUUAAUUUUUAACUUUAAGCAGGUGAUUGGCUCCUUGCCUGGGGGGGAGGGGGGAAGCUAUAUUGGGGGCUUGUUGCCCAACUAAAGAUAUCAAUAUCAUUUGGUCCAAUGGCAGUCAUGUUUGUGAUUGGUCAGCGAUAGGGACGUAAUCACUCAUGUACAUAGUACAUCCCGGAGCCCCAGUUCCCUUUGGAGUUAGUUUUUAUCCUUUAGAUCAUUAUUUGAGGUUUGAUUUCCUAUGUUGCUGUCUAGUGGAAGUGCAUCGGUGUCUUUUUGAAGGAAACUCAAGCUGGCAUUAUACCUGCAAAGGUUAAAAUCAAAGUAAGUAAAUGUAUAGUAUAAAUAAAAUGCAUAUUUAAUAUCUAUACAUAUAUAUAUAUAUUGUAUAAACUUGAAACCACACUGCCUGCGAAAUCCAGUCCAAUGUAUUUGCCUGUUGUGUUUAUGAUCUUUUAAGUUUCCUUUGUGUUUAAAGGGGACAUAUUAUACCACCAGGUGUGAGUGUGAUUAGCAGUUACAAGCCAUUUUGAAAAUUGGCAUUUUCUGACAUCACAAGUGGGUGUGUCUGAUGUGUGCUGGAUAGAUGAGCAAUGUUUGCUACAGUCCACUGGGUAGGCUGGCAGACUGAUUUAUCCAGCACAUAUUUAGGUGGAAACGCCCCCUAGUGAUGUCAGAAGACUCAGAUUUUCAAAACGGCUUGUAAUGCCUAAUCACGCUCACACCUAUUGGUAUAAUAUGUCACCUUUAAGUGUUUGAUUAUGUUGACCCAGGGCUCCUAGUACACUACUAGUAAGACUAGGACUGUCCCUUUUGUCCGUCACCUUCCCCUCGUUUGCCUCAUGAAGAGGCCUGCAUGGGAGGCUGCUUCUGAGACCAAGCAGAGAGGAACACUCUUCAUGUGAUUAUUGUUUUAUCUUAAUGUUUUUUGUCUGGGUGUUGGUGGUUUGGUGCUGGCGGUUGAUGAAAAAGAAUAAUGUUUUGGUAAAAUCCACUGAAACUAUCAAAUCUCUGUCUGAGAAGUCGACCUGCAAGGGAAUUAAGGGACCAAUGGUUUGGCUUCAGUUAGUAUCACUGUCCAAGAUGAAGUGCAUUUAUGUUUAUUUCUUUCAUUUGCUUUGUUUGCAGCUUAUUGUUUGAUCUUAAUAUUUAGUUUUAUUUUUGUCGUACCACUGUCACCCCGUCUCUCCAGGAGGAUUUUGCACAUUGUAAAGAUGAAAUGGAUGUAAUCAUAGUCCACUGUGGCUUUAGACUGUACAGUUAAAACUAUGAACUGUAAAUGUAUGGGGAAUUUCCUAUGGAAACAUCCUCUGACUUGAAGAGCCUGUCAAAGGUCAGCGUGCAUGCCCGGCUUCUUCGAGACUUUACGUGUGUCAACUUUACAUUUAGUGUACACAAGAAAUUAAAGUAAUUUAAGAGA